AAUAAAGAUAUUAUUUUUAGCCUUAGCUAGUGACAACCCUUAGAGCCGCCAGCAGCAGCACCGCCAGCAGCAGCACCGCCAGCAGCAGCACCACCGCCACCACCAGCACCACCAGCACCGCCAGCACCACCACCACCAGCACCGCCAGCACCACCACCACCAGCACCGCCAGCACCACCACCACUAGAGCAGCAGCAGUAGUAGUGGUUGACGUGUCACACAGUAAUGAUGCUUAAAGCUGUUAUUCUUAUAGGUGGACCUCAGAAAGAUAUCAUUCCCUGGUUCUAUACUGGCACACGAUUUCGGCCUUUGUCUUUGGAUGUGCCCAAGCCUCUGUUUCCAGUAGCAGGCCUUCCCAUGGUCCAGCAUCAUAUAGAAGCAUGUGCAUCUGUGCCUGACAUAAGAGAAAUUUUACUCCUUGGGUAUUUCCCAGCACAGCAACUGCAGCAGUUUGUGGCAGACAUGAUUGCUGCAUACAAAAUUAGGAUCAGAUAUCUUCAAGAAUACCAAGCCUUAGGCACAGCAGGAGGCAUUUAUCACUUCAGAGAUCAAAUUAGUUCAGGAAAUCCUGAUGCUUUCUUUGUGUUGAAUGGGGAUGUGUGUGGAGAUUUUCCUCUGCAGGAAAUACUAAAUUUUCAUACCAGCCUCUCAACACCUUCCCUCAUCACUAUCAUGGGCACAGAAGCCACACGGCAGCAAUCCACUAUGUAUGGCUGUAUUGUUGAAGACAAAGAAACGCAUCAAAUUCUCCACUAUGUUGAGAAACCAUCCACCUUUGUGUCUAAUUUGAUCAAUUGUGGCGUAUACAUUUGCUCUCCUGAUAUAUUCAAGCGAGUAGGAGAAAUUUUUAAUUCCAGACAAGAUUUUUAUAGCUGUGAGGAUUCUGAAGGUACAGAAAGUAUUCAGUUGGAGCAAGACAUUCUUAUGCCCAUUGCUGGAACUGGCCAAGCCUAUGUUUACACCACUGACAGAUGGUGGUCUCAGAUUAAAACAGCAGGUUCUGCUAUAUAUGCCAAUCGCCACUACCUCCAACUUUACCACAAAACCAAGAAUGAACGCUUAGCAGUAAAUGGACCAGAUAAACCAACUAUUAUUGGUGAUGUUUAUAUUCACCCAACAGCAACUGUUGAUCCAUCAGCCUUGUUGGGCCCAAAUGUGAGUGUUGGCAAGAAUGCAGUGAUAGGUGCUGGAGUUCGCAUACGAGAAUCUAUCAUCCUAGGCAAUACCACUAUUCAGGAACACAGUUGUGUUCUUUACACUGUCGUUGGGUGGAACUCUACUGUUGGGGCCUGGACACGACUAGAAGGUACACCAUGUGACCCUAAUCCAAAUAAACCGUUUGCAAAAAUGGACAAUGUUCCACUCUUCAAUGCUGAAGGCAAACUAAAUCCAUCAAUCACUAUUCUUGGUAAUGAUGUCAAAGUGCCCUCUGAGGUGGUGGUGAUAAACUCCAUAAUUCUUCCUUACAAAGAACUUUCAGCUAGCACCAAAAAUGAGAUCAUUCUCUAAGUAGUGAUGCAAUGUCACUGUUCCAUCUGAAGUGAUAGUCUUGAAUUCCAUUGUAUUACCCUACAAGGACCUUCCAAGGAGUUACAAGAAUGAAAUUAUUUUAUAGGUUAAGUGAAGAAAUAUUUGCUGCUAAUGUUUUUUAUAGACAUUUUAAUGCUAAUCUUGAAACUUAAAACUUAUUGCCAGUAUGUAUUUAUUCAGUUAAAACUUAUAUUUUUGAAUAAAGAUUGUAAAAUA